UCUUCCUGGCCACGAGGCCAGACCGGACUUCCGGUGGCCGCCAUUAUCUUAACUGUCGUGCUCGAUUCCUUGGGUUGCAGUCCAGGGCUCCGGUUGUGCAGCGCUCGCAGGAAACCUGGUAGAAUUGGGCGCCCAACUCGUUCUGUCUACAUCCAGCACACUCAGCGGAGUGUGUGCCUGUUUGACUGUUCUUCACCAUGGCUUCUCACAAGACAUUCAGGAUCAAGCGAUUCCUGGCUAAGAAACAAAAGCAAAAUCGUCCCAUUCCACAAUGGAUUCAGAUGAAAACUGGCAAUAAAAUCAUGUACAACUCCAAAAAAAGACACUGGAGAAGAACCAAACUGGGUCUAUAAGGAACCACAUACUUAAUGCUGUCUGAAGGUCACCAUUAUCUUACUGUAUCAAGUUUAAAACAUUACCAUUGUCUGGAUACCUGAGUAUGUUUAUUGGGAGCAUGAGUUGCCUCUUUGUUUCUGUGCUCUUGUAGGUGAGUUCAGUAAUAAAUAUGUGAAACCUUGUGUUUGGACAAACAA